UCGGAAACCAAACCAGCGAACUUGUUAAUGAAAGAUGUUAAUUAGCUGAAAGAUGUUACAGACAACAGAACCUCCUUGAAAGAAAACAAACAUGACAGGUCUUCCGGAAAACAGCUUCACAGUUGUUGACUGGGCUGUGUUCUCUGGGCUCCUCAUCAUUUCGGCAUGCAUCGGAGUUUACUAUGCCCUGGUAGGAGGAAAGCAGAAAACCACCAAGGAGUUCCUGAUGGCAAAUCGCAACCUGAAGAUAGUUCCUGUGGCCAUAUCUAUUCUGGUUUCAUUCUUGUCAGCCAUUUUGAUUCUUGGGGCACCUGCAGAGAUGUAUACAAAGGGGACGCAGUAUUACUUGUAUGUUUUCGGACAAAUGACAGCCGCGGCUCUGGCGGCUGUUUUGUUUGUGCCGCUUUUUUACCCACUGAAAUUGACAAGCAUGUUUCAGUAUAUUGAACUGAGAUUCAAGUCCAGAGCAGCACGGCUAACAGCGACAGUAAUCAAUAUAUUUGCAUCUUUGACAUACACAGGGAUUGCAUCAUUUGCUCCAGCAACAGCUUUACGUGCAGUGACUGGUUUUCCUGAGUGGGCCUCAUUUCUUCUGAUAGGUUUUGUUUGUACAUUUUACACUUUUAUGGGUGGUCUAAAAGCUGUGGUGUGGGUGGAUGCAUUCCAGGCCAUCAUUAUGUUUGGAACUCUGUUAACUAUUGUUACAAAGGCUACUUUAGAAGUAGGAGGAUUUUCAAAGGUUUGGGAACUGAAUGAUCAGUGGGGAAGAAUCAACUUCUGGAACUUUGAUUUUGAUCCAACGGUUCGACACACAUUCUGGGCAUUAACAAUUGGAGGUAUGAUCAACUGGGUGGGGACCUUUGGAGCUAGUCAACAGAGCAUACAGAGAUUUAGUGCCCUGGCCUCACUCAGGGAGGCAAAAAUUGCUGUCUUGCUGAACUGUGUGGGACUAUUCAUCAUGGUGACGACUGCCUGUUUGGCUGGGAUAUCUGUGUUUGCCUUCUACGCAAUGAAAGGAUGUGAUCCAUAUACAAAUAAAGAAAUCAAAAGCUCAAAUCAGAUCAUUCCACUCUUUGUGAUUCAAAUGCUGCAUGUCCCAGGGGUGCCUGGUUUAUUCAUAGCUGGUCUCUUUAGUGGUGCAUUAAGCUCUGUUUCAUCCAAUCUAAGCUCACAGGUUGCCACAACAUGGGAGGACAUCAUAAAACCUCACGUCAAAAAUAAAUCAGAGAUUGUCCAUGCGUGGAUAACCCGAAUGUUAGUGAUUUUGUUUGGGAUUCUCGGUUUAGGAGUUUCAUUUGCUGUGAGGAAGCUAGGAGGAACUGUUUUACAGGUCUCUCUUAGUUUUAUGGGUGCAGCCAGUGGAGCAUUGAAUGGAUUUGUCGUGUUAGGGGCAUUUUUCCCUUCAUGUAACUGGAUUGGAGCUAUGGUGGGACCACUUGUAUCCUAUGCUGUGAUGAUGUGGAUUGGUAUAGCAAAGUACAGUGUUAUAGGGGUGAAAGAGAAGCUGGACUUUCCUACAGAAACCUGUGCUGCCAACCUUAACCUUACGACCCCCAUGACUUCAGUGAAUUUAAAUAUGCUCAAUUACUCCAUCCCUCAUAUUAACCAGUCUAUGGUACUGACCAAUAUCUCCAUUGACAUUACAACACAUGCAGCUGAAGUGGCCAAAGAAAGUAGGUCAGCUCUCCACGAUCUCUACUCCCUCUCAUACCUGUGGUACUCUACUCUGGGACUAUUUAUAGCCGUCUUUGUUGGACUAUGUGUCAGUGUUGUCACUGGUCCAAUGAAAAAAGAGGAGGUAGACCCGAAAUACCUAAUACCUGUCUGUGAUUGGUUGUGUUGUUGUCUACCGGAUUCCUGGAGGAAGAAAUGCUGUUGUGGCACAAGACAUGAUGAGGACCAGACGUUGAGUAAUCCAGAAGAAAACAUAAAUUCUGACAUUAACUUGGUCCUCAUGGAGAAUAAAGAGAUUGGUGAUGGAGACGGACCCCAGAUAAAUGGGAACCAGAUCAAUGCUAAAUCAAAUGUUCAGCUUUUGUUCACGAGGAGUUUACAGAACUCUUGAUAUUGGUGAUAUUAUGUCCCCCUCCCAGUAAAAUCAGUGGAAAUAUACUGGUUUGACCGUAAAUGUGUAACACUUUUUUCUCUCCACUGUUUACAUGAGAUUUGUUAAGCUGUAAGCUACUGUAAGAUAUUGAGUUUUUGUCCUCAGAUAGAAUUCAUGUAACAGUGAUAGAUAAGUCAGUUCAUUGUAGUGUUAGAUCACCUCAGACAAAGGCUCAAGUGAGAUUUCCUGAUCAAAAAGUGUCUGGCAUCCAUUUAUUUGUCUGUCUGAUAUGUGUUGUAUGUAAACUUUUCACAUUGUUGACUUCUUCUCCAGAACCACCAGGACAAUUUCAAGUAAACUUGCUACUAAGUAUCUUUGGGUGAAGAGGAUUUAAAUCUGUACAUAGGAAGGGCUCUGUCCUUUUUAAUUAAGAAUAGGUAAAAAUUUAAUGGCAUUUUUAAAAAAAUCUUCUUCUCAAUAACCACUGGGCCAGAAAAUUGAAAGUUAUGUGAAAGCUUCAAAACAUAGUGUAGAUUCACGAUAGUUCAAAACAUGAUCCCCGGGGAUAGGAUGAGGCCACAACAGGGGAUCAAAUUUAUGCUUAAGAAUAUAUAGGAAAAAUCUCUUAAAAUCUUCUUCUCAAGAACAGCAAAGCCAUGAUUAGUCAUAUUAAUACAGACAUAUUCUCAGAUAGUGUAGAUUCAAGAUUGUUCAAAUCAUGACCCUCUGGGUUAAUUAUAAGAUGGGGCCACAAUAGAGGAUCAAAGUGAUACAUAGGAAUAUAUGGGAAAUAUCUAAAAAAAAAAAAAUAUUCUUCUCAAGAACAACAAAGUCUCAAAAAAUCUUAAAGCCAUGAUUAGUCAAAGAAUUAUGGAAGCACCCUCAGUGAAGAUUUAAGUUUGUUCUAAUCAUGCCCCCACUCCCUUUGGGGUAGGUUGGGACCAUAUAUACACUGUAUAUUUAAUCUUUUCUAUACUGAACUGAUUUCUGUAUUUCCCUAACCAAAAGUGCUCAGGUGAGUGAUGUGGCCCAUGGGCCUUUCUUUUUGAGUACUUAAUUGAUCAAAGAACAUUAAAUGUUUUAUAUGGUUUAACUUUCUUGGGUUACUUUUGAUUCCUUUUUUACAUUUUUUUUUAGUCUUUUUCUUAUUUGAAGUACCACAGUUAUAGCAGUAUUUGAAUAUACAUGUACAUGAUAUUCUCAGUGACUAUGACACUGAAAACUGUAGAUCAUUGAAUUUUCGUGACUCCUGAUCUCCACGAGAUAGCUAUUUGGUAUUUAUAAGGGAAUUGAAAUUUUGAUGAAUUCUGGUCAUUGUUGUGUAUAAUCUUGACAAAAAAAUAUGUGGGAGAAUAAAAAAUUAAUUUUGCAAGCAAAA